UACUGGGAGGGGCCUCAGUGUCUGGGGCUGCCUUGGAGAAGUACCAAGUCUAUGUUCAAAAGGAAUGCAGCUUUACAAGAUAUCCCAGCAUUUGUUUUCAAAGCUUAAUGGGGUUGGGUGGUUCUGGUUCUGGGCACCAGGAUCCUCAACAUGUUGAUAUAAUGUCGGCUCUUGUUAACAAAACCAUUUAUGAAACCCGGUUGACCUCCUCUGAGUUUUCCAAAUUCAGCUCUCAAUUAUUUGAAGUCCGUGAUUCUCAACCCACACACGAUUCUGGCAGCAAAGACUACUGUGAAGAGCUAAUGACGAUGUCCUUGAAGCGCUUAGAACAAUCCCUAAUAGCUCUCAAGAAAUCUCCCUCAAAAAACAAGCAAGACAUUCAGGCAUGGCUAAGUGCCGCCUUGACUUUCCAAGAAACGUGCAAGGACUACGCCGCCGACCACGGCCUCAGCCUCACUAGCUCCGAGAAUCUCAGGCUCGACCUUUCCAAGCGCAUAGGCUAUACCUCUCAGUUGGGGAGUAAUCUAUUAGCUCUCGUCAACCGUGUUUCGAGUAAUUCCGAUAAUCCGAAGAACACAACUCGUGGUAAAAAGGCAGAGAUGUUUCCCAAAUGGGUUUCGCCGAAGAACAGGAAACUACUUCAGGCAACCACCGUCAAAGCUAACGUGGUGGUUGCGAAAGAUGGAUCAGGGAACUAUAAGACGGUGUCGGAGGCCAUUCAGGCAGCUACUGGGGGUCGGUUUGUGAUUUAUGUAAAGGCUGGAGUUUAUAAGGAGAAGAUUAAGACUAACAAAGAUGGUAUUACGUUGAUUGGAGAUGGACAAUAUUCCACUAUUAUUACUGGAGAUUCUAGUGUGUCUAAAGGUUCUACCAUGCCUGGCUCAGCUACAUUUACCGUAACAGGAGAUGGAUUCAUAGCUCGAGAUAUUGGUUUCCAAAACACAGCCGGCCCCGACGCAGAACAAGCCCUAGCUCUGUACAUCUCUUCUGAUCACUCCGUUCUCUACAAGUGUAGCAUCGUUGGCUACCAAGACACACUCUACGCCCUCGCCCUCCGCCAAUUCUACAGAGAAUGCGACAUCUACGGCAGCAUCGACUUCAUCUUCGGUAACGCCGCCGCCGUCUUCCAGAGUUGCAAUAUCGUACUCCGCAGACACAAGGGUUACAAUGCCAUCCUGGCAAGCGGGAGGUCCGACCCAGGACAAAAGACAGGUUUCUCCGUCCAGAACUGUAGGAUCGUGCCCGGGUCGGACUUAUCUCCCAUUAAACACUCCUAUAGUUCGUAUCUUGGUAGGCCAUGGAAGGACUACGCUAGAGCCGUGGUCAUGCAAUCCAACAUAGAUGACGUUAUCUCACCCCGAGGGUGGGUUGAGUGGCCUGGCUCCAGCCCCAAGUCUAUCUAUUUUGCGGAGUUCGCAAAUGUAGGAUCUGGGGCUGGAGUGAGCCAGAGGGUGCAGUGGCCAGGGUUUCAUGUAAUUGGAGCUGAUGUUGCUGUUGAGUAUACUGUUGGUAACUUUAUUGCUGGAACUUCAUGGCUGCCUUCGACCGGUGUGACUUUUGUUUCUGGCCUCCAUUGAUCCAAAUCCUCCAAUUGCAUGUUGGUUUGAAAAGACU